AUGGCCAAUGAUUUGGAUACGAAACCAGUUAAGUUAAAAAUUGCUAUACCACUAAGUAUUAUUGAAGUUUUUGAGUUUCUGGAAUCAAUUAAUAUUACAAGUGAAACGAAUCCAAGUUCGCUUGAUAAAAUUUUUGAAGAAAUAGUAAAUUACUAUGAACCCAAAACAAACGUUAUAAUAGAACAAUUUAAAUUUUUCCGUAGGUGUCAGGUAAAAGGCGAAUCGUUUUAUAAAUUUUUGCGAGAAAUUUGUAAUUUAGCCAAACGUUAUGAAUUUGGUGAUUUUGAAGACAAUAUGGUACGAAUUGGUAUAGUAUUCGGUGUUAAUGACAUUGAUCUUCAAGAAAGGCUUUUUAAAAGUACCAGACAUAAGUCUUACUAA